AUGCCUAAGUAGGAGCUGGCACUAUAUAUACCCAACCACUCGUGGGGAUGAGGAGCCGAAAAUCUUCCUGACCCUGCAGCCAUGCCCUGCAAGGCAUUCGCCAUCUGCCUCCUGGGGCUCCUGGCUCUCUCCUCCGCUUGCUACAUCCAGAACUGCCCUAUCGGGGGCAAACGCGCAGUCCUGGACAUGGACAUCAGGAAGUGCAUGCCCUGUGGUCCCAGGAACAAAGGCCACUGCUUCGGGCCCACCAUCUGCUGCGGAGAAGAGCUGGGCUGUUACAUCGGCACGUCCGAAACCCUGCGGUGCCAGGAGGAAAACUUCUUGCCGACGCCCUGCGAGUCUGGACACAAACCCUGCGGCAGCAGCGGAGGGAGCUGCGCGGCCCCCGGCAUCUGCUGCAGCAGCGGUGAGAGCAGCACCAGGGCUGUGUCCCACCUGGGACCCUGGUCAGCGGGGUCCUCACACAUGUGAGGGACCUCAGGGCUUCGAUGUAAACCUGGGAGGGGAGGCUGCCCAAGGGACCGUCUUUGUCCCAUCCGUCCCCCCAACAGCCAGGGCCACUCCACUCAGGGCAGACUUGAUCCUAACCCCCAGGGAAGGCGCGAACAGACUGUGAGGUUUCAUGGAAGGGGGAAAGCAGACAGUAACCAAAUUCAGGGGACUGAGCAAGCAGCAGGACACCUGUGGAGGCUUCAGGGAAGGAGGAAAGUGGACAGCAAUGGAUUUAGGGGGUUGAGCAAGCUGCAGAACACCCAAGCUGCAUGGCAGCUCAGGCUCCCUCCUGCUUCAGUUACAGUUUGCCAUAAAUCCCAGCCUCUUCCCCAAGUCAGAUGCUGCCAGAGAUCCUGCUCCAAAUCCUGAGGAGCUACAGGGCACAAAGCGAACACGACCUUGCCUGAUGUUAUUAAAGAAACAACGCCAGAGGUGGGGGGUGGGGGGGUGUCUCUGAAGGCUGGUUCCUGACACCUUGUUUCAUGCGGUGCCUUCUCCUUUCUCUCCCCAUGCAGAGGGCUGUGUGGUUGACUCAUCCUGCGACCAAGAAAUGCUGUUCACGUAGACCACUGGGGAAAGAAGAACCUGCAGGAUCCCUUAUCUAUCAAGCUGUACCAGCCCCGCAUCAGGCCGAGAACAGACAAGCCAAGGUCUGUGACUCAGAUUUAAGUGAUGAUCUUCAUCAGAAAUAAAACUUGUACAGAAAAACAAGAAAAGAAGUCUAUAUGUUUUUUGUGCACUUGCAUGGUUUAGGUGCAGACACGGGGGGGCUGGCUGGAGAGAAAAAGUCUUUUUAGGAAAGCGCAGAUUAAAAGAAUUUAAGGUCAAUGCUCACAGCUGGUGUUUUACCCGAGUGAGGGAGGGCACAGGGACCUGCUGUUAGUCUGCCUGGCCUCUGCUGAACCACAGCAAACUCCAGGCUGGUGUCAGGCAGCACAAAGCCAGUGGUUUUAGGGCACAGUUGAGAGAGCAGCUUGGUCUGCAAGACCACCAUAAGCCAGUGCCACCAAAGAGGACCCAAAUUAGUUAUUAUCUACAACUUAAGCCCCAGGUGAUGAGUAAAAUAAGGCUGAGGGGGAGAAGAGAAAAGGAGACCCACAAAGCCAGUGUCAUUUAGAUGUUCUCUGCACAUUUUCUCAUUUAGCCACACCAACAGAUGUGCAAAGGGGGAUUUAAAGUGUGAACAAGAACAAAAGGUCCCACCACCAUGGCAGAAAACAGAGAAACAACAAAUUUGCUCCCCCAACAAGAAACGGCGGAGGGUCAGGGUUUCCUACAAAGACAUUCAGACCUCGUUUUCUUUCAAAAGCAUCUAGAGGGGUCAACAUGCAAGCAGAGCCAGGGCUACAGCAAGGAGCUCAGAGCCAGGAUCUGCCUCAGGACUGUUCCCGCUUCCCGCCUGACAUGCUUCAGGUGAAGGCAGGAGGGAUCCAAACAUGUGGGAGGUGGAACUGCAAAGAGACAGAGCAACGGGCACACCAACACCCGCAGCUUCUCAGGCAGUUCCGCUGCUGCCUCGCA